AUGGUCUUCAACAGUUUGGUCUAUCCUGCCCGUAAACAUGCGGCCAAGGUGUUUGAAAAACUGAUCCUUCAGAACCCGGGCUACCACAGGAAUAACCUGCCCAUCUUAUACCUACAGGGGUCUGGAGUCGAAUGUAGAGACGAUAGCGAUCGGGAGUUGCCGUUUCAUCAGGAAGCCAAUUUCAUGUAUCUCACUGGGGCACACAACAUACCAGAUGCCUCCGUAUUGAUCUCGAUCGCCAAGUCCGAAGAAGCGUCAAGUCAGACUGCACCACAACAGGUGAUCGACGAGAGCGAAAUCACGACGGUACUCUUCAUACCCACUGUCGAUCCAUUACACGUUAUGUGGUCAGGACUGCCUGAAACGACGACGCAGAUCCACGCCCGUUUGGGCGACUUGACCGCGGUGAAAUACAAGACACAGCUUCCGGGCCAUCUGAGUUCGGUCCAGAAGGGCAAGACGGCGGUGAUCACCUUACCUACAACCUCGCACGAACUGGCCAGCUCGGAUCCGACACUAUUGGCGGCGAUUCAGGAAGCGCGAGUGGUCAAGACGGAUGAGGAAAUCCAGUUGAUUGCCCAUGCUAAUCAGAUCUCAUCCGCUGCUCACACCUCGAUAAUGUGCCUCAUCCGCAAUCGUGCCCUCCACUCAGAGUCUGAUGCCGAGAUCGUCUUCCGAAGUGAAUGCCAUCGACGGGGAUCGAAAACGCAAGCCUAUGAGCCAAUCUUCGGCUACGGUGUCCAUGCAGGAACAUUGCAUUACACAUCAAACGACGCCAAGAUCUCGGAGGAUUUCUCUGGCGUCUUGCUGGUCGAUGCUGGCUGCGAAACAUACGGAUACGCAUCCGAUAUCACUCGCACUUUGCCGCUAGGAAAUCGGGGCAAAUUCACCCCUGAGGCUAGGGAUAUCUACUCCAUCGUGCUCGACAUGCAAGAGGCGGCUAUAAAGACUAUCAAAGCAGGCAUCGAAUGGCAAGAAAUCCAAAUCCUCAUGCAUAAGGUAGCAGCAAAGGGGCUAUUGAAACUGGGGAUUUUACGAGGCCUGACGGUUGAUGAAUGCUACGAAAAUGGACAUGUGAUCCCGUUCUUCCCACACGGAGUCGGGCAUUUUAUUGGCUUGGAUACUCAUGACGUUGGCGGUUUUCCGAAUGGGAAAGGCACUCAUCCGACACUCAAGUAUCUCAGGUUACAGAGAAAAUUGGAGGCGGGAAACGUGGUGACUGUUGAACCUGGACUAUAUUUCAACCAGUUUCUAUUAGAUCCAGUUAAAGGAUCUGAAAACAUCAACCAUGAAGUUCUGCUCAAAUACGUGAAAGUAGGCGGAAUAAGAAUCGAAGACAACGUCGUUGUCACUGAAACAGGCUGUAAAAACUUGACUCAAGUCGUCAAAUCAAUUGACGAGAUCGAAAAACUUACUAGCUUCUAA